AUGGCGAGACAUUACAUGGAAGAAGAUGGGGUUGAAGAUGCUCGAGGAGACCCAGUCUCAUCUAAGGCAGUUGGAGCAUCUGCAGCAGGGCUAAUGUCCGGAGCUAGUGCUGGAGCUGGGCGACUUAGCAGUGGCGGUGGUGGGGAGGGCCGUGCGGACCGGGAUGACAAUCAGGUCCCGGAGGAGGAGGGCCGUGGUGAGGAGGGCCAUGGUGAGGAGGACCGUGGUGAGGAGGGCCGUGGUGAGGAGGGCUAUGAUGAGGAGGGCCGUGGUGAGGAGGACCGUGGUGAGGAGGGGGGCACAGCUGAGGGGGCGGCGGACCGUGGUGGUGGGGAGGUGGUGGACCAUGGUGCGGAGGGCCAUGGGGCGGGGGCGGAUGUCCGUCGUGGUGGUGGUCGUGGUGCGGGUCGUGUGGUGGAUGAUGCAUUUUCUCUUCUUCUUCGAUGA